GUGCGAGCCUGUUGUUGCCGCCAUUAAGCACGUUUUUCCGGCAAGUUGACGGCAAGAAAAUGGCUCACUUUGAACCACCACAGAUUCAGGACAACCCAACAGGAUGGGGUCCUUGUCAGGUCCCCGACCAAUUUAAAGAUAUGCCCUAUCAACCGUUUUCAAAGGAUGUUCGACUGGGAAAGGUAUCUGACUGGACUGGAGCAACAUAUCAAGACAAAAGAUAUCUCGGCAAGUACUCUUCAGCAUUUGGGGGUGGAAGCCAGUAUGCAUAUUACCACGAUGAAGAUGAGUCUAGCUACCAGCUGGUGGAUACUGCACGUGUGCAGCGACCGAUGUACCAGAGAGGACGAAGGCUGUUCCAACAGAACAAACAGCGACGGGAACGAGAACGUCGCCAACAGCAGAACCAGGCCAAUCUCCAAGUGUUGUCCAAGACCCAGAAGAAUAGAGAGCGUGAUCGCCAGAGGCUGCUGAAGAAGUGGCAGAAGCAGUUUGGUAAACAGAUGCAGGAGAACAGACAGAAGACGCCCCUGAAGCAUCGCGACGCGUCAGUCCAGGUGCGAGACGAUUGGACAGUAGUGGAGGAGAUGGACUUUCCACGACUAACUAAACUCAAUCUGCCUCAAAUAGAUGAUAAGAAUGAUUUAGUGAAGUGUGGAGGCAUGGAGUACUAUGACAAGACGUACGACCGAGUGACCACGAAGAACGAGAAGAGGCUGAAGAGGAUCAAUCGUAUUUUCCACAAAGUGACAACCACCGACGAUCCCAUCAUCAGACAGCUUGCUAAGACACAAGGCAAUGUGUUUGCUACAGACGCCAUCCUGGCAACACUCAUGUGCUGCACCCGGUCUGUGUACUCCUGGGAUAUCAUCGUGCAACGGGUGGGGAACAAGCUGUUUUUUGACAAGCGAGAUGACUCUGAGUUUGACUUGUUAACUGUGAGUGAGACUGCGACAGAGCCUCCCCAGGACGAAGGAAACAGCAUCAACUCCCCACGCAACCUGGCUCUCGAAGCUACCUUCAUCAACCAUAACUUCUCACAACAAGUUUUAAAAAUGGGAGAAGAAAAAUACAACUUCGAAAAGAAGAAUCCAUUUAUCCAAGGUGAAGACGACAGUGAAGUGGCGUCUGUUGGGUACAGGUACAGGAAAUGGGAUUUAGGGAAUGAUAUUACGUUGAUAGCACGGUGUGAGCAUGACGCCAUCAUGUAUGGACCGAAUGGAGAGCUUCAGUACAUCAAUGUGAAGUCCCUGAACGAGUGGGACGCCAGAUAUUCUGGCGGUGUCGAUUGGCGGAGCAGGCUGGACAACCAGCGGGGUGCUGUGUUGGCCACAGAGCUCAAAAACAACAGCUGUAAGCUGGCAAAAUGGACAGUCUCGGCCCUCCUGGCAGGGUCAGACCAGCUUAAGUUUGGGUAUGUAUCGAGACUUCAGUUGAAAGAUUCAGCCAAACAUGUUCUUCUGGGAACCCAGCAAUUCAAGCCUAUUGAGUUUGCUAGCCAGAUCAACCUGAAUAUGGAUAACGCCUGGGGGAUCCUGCGCUGCAUCAUUGACACCUGCAUGAAGCUGAAGGAGGGCAAGUACCUCAUCAUGAAGGACCCCAACAAGCCUGUGAUUCGAAUCUAUGAUAUACCAGACAACACUUUUGAAUCUGAUGAAGAUGAUGAUGAUGAUUCGUCUGAUGAUGAAGAAGAGAGUGAAUCUGAUGAAACUGUGGACAAAUGAGCUGCAGUCAAGUGCUAUGCUGAUCUACAAUGCCUGCCAUCUUGGGCGUCUUGUUGACCUUGCUGGGUCUUGUUUGGGAUAUUUAAGUAUGCUAGGAGAAAGGACGUGGACAUCUUUACAGUUUGAAGACAACUUAAAUCCAAAACCUAUGCCAUCACCUUGUACAUUAUGUUUGGAUUGUCUGAGAAUGAAUGCUGAACUAGUGAUUGUGGUCUGUUGCAAUAUUUGUUAUUGCUAUGGUCAUAUAGCCAAGUUAUGGUAAUAUUUAUACAAUUAUAAGAAAUUGUUUUGAAAAAUUGAAAAGCAACGUUGUCACAUACUUAAGAAACUAGUUGCAAGAUAAGUUUGUUAUGAUCGUGUUAGUGUAUAUUUCCUCUUGUUAACUCUGCCCACCAUACUACACAGUCUGGGACGUGGGCCGUUAUCUCUUGUAAAGGUAAUGGCAACAUGCAAUGUAUUGAAAAUGUUAUCGUAAACUGGAAAUCAAAUUCAAACUACAAUUCUUUAUUUUUUGUGUCUUUUAUUAUGGAAUACACAUCUUGUAGGUCUUUUAGGUUUGGGGGAAAUAUUAAGAAAAUGAAUAAAUGAAAUAUGUCUUAAAGAAAUAAACUAUUUGAAAAUUU